AAACCUUCAGUCCUGGUUUGCAAUUUUCAUGCAUGUAGCCAUUUGUAUAAUUUCAGAGAUUGAUAUUUUUAAAAGAUUUUUUAAUUACAGUGAGACAAUCUUGAAGCCAAGCUUGAAUCAAUCUUCUGUAAUCAUGGUCAGACAAUUGAUAUUUCUUUUGGUGAUCAUACUUUGCGUUCAAGCUCAAAAAGGAAAAUCUGAGAACAGGGAAAAAGAAGAUAAAAAAUUGGGAGAUGAUCAAGAACAAGCUAAACUUCUGAAAGGUAAAGAAGAUCAAGAAGAUGCCAAAGAUCAAGACAGUGGAGAAGAUCAAGGGGGAAAUAAACAAAUCAGAAAGUAUGGGGAAGAUAAAAAAGGUAAAGAAGAUCAAGAAGGUGGAGACGAUCAAAAAGAUGGAGAGGCUCAAGAAGGUAAAGAAGAUCAAGAAGGCGAAGAAGAUCGAAAAGGUAAAGUAGAUCAAGAAGGCGAGGAAGAUCAAUGGGGAAUUAACAAUAGUGCAAAAUAUGGAGAAGAUAUAAAAGGUAAAGAAGAUGGAGAAGGCAAACAAGAUCAACAAGGUGUUCAAGAAGGUAAAGAAGAUCAAGAAGGCAAAGAUGAUCAGAAAGGUAAAGAAGAUCAAGAAGAUAGAGAAGAUUGGAAAGGUAGAGAAGAUUGGAAAGGUAGAGAAGAUCAAGAACGUAGAGAAGAUCAAUGGGGAAGUAUUAAUAGUACAAAAUAUGAAGAAGUUCUAGAAGGUAAAAAAGUUCAAUAUGGUGAGAAGAAGAUCAGCAGAGAAGGUGGAGAAGAUCAAGAAGGAGAAAAAAAUCAAAGCGGAAGUAAAAAUACUGGAGAAAAGAAAAAUAACCGCAAAUGCAAAAAUAGAAGAAAGAACCGAAAAGAUGAAAGAAAUGGAAAACAGAUGGUUCAAAUGCCGAGACUCGAGGGGGAUUCCUCAAAACCAUUACUGAAAGAAUGUGGAGCACCGGGGACUAACAGGGUAGUUUGUGUAACAGGACAAAUAUGUGAUGAGAAGGCAAAGAAAUGUCAAGGUGGAAAGUUAAACUGUGAACAAGUAGGAAGAGCUUGUUGUGGAGAGAAAGGAACUAUCGGUAAAAAAUGCAAGGAGGGUGGUUGGUGUGUGAAUGUAGAUGAAGAUACUGUUAAGUGCUCUGGAGGAACAAAAGUAACUACAGAACCAACACAAUAUGAAGCAACAGCUUAUGGAGAUAACACAGAAUAUUAUGCAGAAUAUGGAUCAGGGGCUGGAGGGAAUGGAACAGAUCCUACAGAAUUCCUUAUAGGGAAUGGAACAGUAACUUUAGGGAAUGGAACAACAGUGAAUAUGACAGGAACUGCAGCUAAUCAAGCAGGAUCAACCUACAUACCUCCAUAUUGUCACACAACCUGCCGGUUAAGUGGAAUCUUAAGUGGAUUUCAAAAAGCUAUACCACUCGAUCCCGAUGCUUUGGUUGCUGGAACGGCAAUUACGGUCUCAACACCCUUUGGUCUGAUAACUCGUCAGUUCUGUGUUUGCAGUCGUAUAUAAUCAAGAUUAUUCCUCCUCAUCAGAUCUUGGAAUUCAUUUUCUAAUUGUUAUCUGUAAAUAAAGUUUUAAGAAUAACUUUUUGAACAAAUUUAACUAAAAAUCAA